CUCCCAAACCUUCGCCAGCCAUACUUGAAUAUCCACUAUAGUCCUAUACAGAUCAAAAUAUAAAUUAUUCUUUCUUUUCUUGUUUCUAAGUAUCACGCGCACUUUUAAUGAGUUUAUCGCUUGAUAACCAAAGAUGCUGCUGUUGAUAUCGGCGCAACUGUGUUGCUGGGCAACAAUUGUCUUAUUUUCUUGUCCUUUUUUACAGUAUAAUAUUAUAAACGAAAUGGCAGCCGAAGAACAAGAUCAGUCUGAUUUGGAGAAGAGAAUUAUUGAAGCUUUUGAAGUAUUUGAUCAUGCUGGGAACAAAUCAAUUGAUGUUCGUGAAGUCUGUACUAUUGUCCGUUCCUUAGGAUGUUGUCCAACUGAAGCAGAAAUACAAGAAAUUCUUGUUGCAGUUGAAGAUCAAGAAACAUCAGGAAGUGUUCAGCUUGACAAAUUUUUACCAGUAAUGAAACAGAUAAUCCAGGAAAACAGAUUGCAACCAGCUUCACCCGAAGAACUCUUAAAGGCAUUCCUGACACUGGAUCCAGAGAACAAGGGGUAUCUCACCAAAGAUUAUCUGAGUAAAGCAAUGAUGGAAGAAGGUGAACCGUUCACUCAGGAAGAAUUGGAUGAAAUGAUGGCUAUUGCUAUUGAUGGUGAAACAGGGAAUAUCCCUUAUGAAUACUACAUUAAUCAAUUGAUGGUGGAGUGAACAGUAUUGUUUUGUUCAGAGAUCAUUAAAUAAGAGGAUUUAUAUCCAUUUACUACCCAAAUCAUCUCUGGAACAUGGAGCAAAAAAGUAAACUUCUUUAAUACAUAUACACGCAAAGAGAGCAGUAGAAUGUGGAAAAAAAAUCUAUUUAUAAUGGAAGGCCUGUAAUGACAGCUGAGUUUAAUUAUUUCCACUAACCAUUUAAAACUGCAUAUCAUACAUCAAGGUUAACAUUAGAAUUCAUUAACCCACAGUAACAACUAACAUAUGUCUGACAGUUGUUAGCUACUUUAAUAGAUAUACCAUCACAAGGGUUUGUAGGUAGCCUUCAUUAGCCAAUAAGAUUACCAUAACUGAUUGUAAUUAACAUACAUUAUGAUUUUAAAAAGUUAUAAUCUGAUGAACAUCAAACCCAAAAAUGAGACAUAGCCCACUCUUACUGUGUAAUAAGUUGAGAGAUUCAUGCAUGAAACAGUGUGGCAAAAUAAUAAUGGUGAAUGAAAGUAUUUCUAAGGUGUAAAUAAGUCAAAGCAGGCACUAGAAAGCCAAAACAUUAAGAUGUCAUCAUAAUUGUGUCCAUGUUGUUCCUCAACACUACUUUUAUAAUGAGUAAUGUGUUUAUCACUAGUUUCUUUUUUUUUUUUCACAUUAGAAAUAUACUGAG